UGUUCUCAGACCUCAAGAGAAUGCUCGCUGGUAAAAAAUUUAGAAGCAAUGAAGAGGUAAUCGCUGAAACUGAGGCCUAUUUUGAGGCAAAGGACGAAUCGUACUACAAAAAUGGUAUCGGAAAGUUGGAAGAUCGCUAUAAUCGCUGUAUCGCCUCUGAUGGCAAUUAUGUUGAAUAAUAAAAACGAAUUUUGGCAAAAAAAUGUGUGUUUAAACGAUACGAACUUUUCAGCCGAACUGUUAAUAAAUAAACACAGUAGAAUUAUAGGAAGUGUUGAGUGCCAAUUACUCAAUAUUUUAAUAUAACACACUCAGAAAAGGAGCAAUUUUUACGAAAAAUUUGACUACUUUACUUAGUAAAUAAGUAGAUUUUACUCAAACACGUUUUCCAGUGACAGAACUAGAAUUUGGGUAACUAAGAAGUUACUCUAAAUUAGAGUUGAUCCACUUUUUUCUGUGGAUGAGUGAGAUCUUACAUAUUUUUGAGUCACUAUUUUUAAUCGUGUGCCAAAAACAUACACUUAUAAAAAUCGACACAUUUUGAGCCGAAGUGUUUUUACAUACGCAAUUUCGCCGCAUUUGUCUCGACAUUUAAAUUGCACGUGUAAGUCUCUUCAAAUCCUACUCAAAUGAAAUCAUGUUGAAUUCUAUUGGUAAUACACUGGAAUACAACCCACCAAACAGCGGAUAAAUUCCAAAUGCACGUCUUUUAGUACUCAAUUCACUUGACACUUACAGUCGAAUUGUCAUACCAGUGCAUAUGAACUGAGAAAAAAGCUUAGAUUUUAACAGAUUCAUACCCAAUUCCCAUAUAAAAUGCAUUUUCAUAAGAGGUGCAUAGGAAUUUGAAAUUGAAAUGUCAUCAUUAAAACAUAAGAUUUUGGAAAAUGUGCUAAAUACAGUAUGAGUAUUUUUUUAGAAAAUCUCUUGAACUGGAUUUUUUACGAGUGAUAAUGAAAUGAACUUUUUCUGAUAAUGAUUUUCCCAGCUCUCGUUAUAGCAUACAUUUCCAUAUAAAGCAGUGAAGCGCUUUACCGCAUUUCCAUAUAAAGUAGUGAAUCGUUUUAAUCGAAUAUUUCGUUAAAAAAAGGCCUUCAUCCAAAUUAAACAUUUCUCAGCUCCACAAAAAAUGGCGUCGUGGUGCUACGAAAAAUCGAUCGGUGUCAUUAGAUCAGAAUCGAUAAAAUUUCGUGUUACCGAUCUAAUUCGACAUUUCAGUGUACCCGGCUCGAGAAUCGCUUCUAAUGUCGUUUUCACUUGAGAAAACUGAAACUCACCCAGGGUAGUUUCAUCAAACAAACACUUUUCACGAAACUGUGACGGGUUCGGGAGUUUUUGAGUAAAUCAGAUUUAAAAAUCAUGUUUGAAACUGAUUCGAUUUUCAGUUCCUCAACGCUGAAACCAGGUUCGAAACUAGCUUCUAACAAACGGUUUAACACCAGCUAGGAUGGAAACUAGGUUAGGUUUGGCAUCAAGCGAAAACGACAUUAGAACAGGUAUUGUCAGAGAUUGACGUAGGACUGCAGUCGGGUUGAAUAAAACAUCUACAAAUUCUUGAUCAUAUUUCUGAUAGCUUGUAGAAAAAAUUAUAUUAUUGGGUACAGAGAUAAAUUUGAAAUGGCUCCCCCGUAGUAAAGUAAGUCGUAUUCACGACAAAAACCGAGCACCAUUCACGUCAUUUCCGAGGUCCCUCGGGGAUCUCAUCUAGGCCCCCUUUCAUUAGUCUUGUUUGUUAACGACAUUUCAUUUGUUCAAAACAAAAUUAAUUGAAGAAUCCUAUGGUCUACUCUUGACUGACGACAAAUAAAUAAAUAAAUAGUUAUUAAAGUAAUUGCUCUAAAAUCUGGCUAGCCAACUGACGAAGAAGCAAAGGUUUUCCGAACCAGCGACCUUCGUGGAUGUCCCCGACACGUCAAUAAUUACAGUUUAAACACGACAAAGAGUUAAACUAAUCACUGCAACAAUUAAAAACUUCCACCCGCACUUAAUAAUGCAUCGAAGACCGUGUUCGAAUUAGUUUCGUUCGGAUCAGCUUCACUUUUCAGUUUGAAACCGUAGCCCAUCAUGCCGACAACAAGUUUUAAUCCGUUCCUGUCGAAACCCAGUCGGCUGGUGGCCAAUUCAUCUAUUCUAGGCCGCAUAAAAGAUCCGUUCGUGUUCCAGAAAAAUCUCGAUCGCAUCGCCGGUUUCAUUUCACCCGUUGCCGGGGUGAAGAUCGGAAUCGGAAUCUUCAUUUUCGGCUUUUUAUGUGCCACCUUGCUGUCCCUACCCUGGGUGGACCAGGAACAAGCUCCAAUAGAUUUUUAUUUCGGUGUGGCAUUCCUGUUCGGAACCGGCGGAGUCUGUGUGGCCUUGUGGAUUUGUUUGUUCACCGAACGGGACCAUGUUCGUGAAGUGAUUCAGUUUCUGUCGGAACUUCAAAAUGGCGGAGCAACUCACCGGUUGCGGGUUCGAUCCCGUUCCGUGAUUGUACCGUUCAUUAUCCUGUACUGGGGUCAAAACGUGAUGCAAGGUCUUUACUGGGGCGUUAAUCUGUCGCACACGAAUGCAAUAAUGCAUGCCGUUUCGAAUCCCGUACUUAAGCCGCUAGUUUCGGCAUUGUACCCCGUGGAAACGGCUCUACUAGGACAGAUGGCAAACGUAACCCAAGUGACGGUGUUCACGACUAUGCUGGUAUUUUCGGUGGAAUGGUCUAUUCUGGGAGAGGACAUUCGGCAGGCCUACGACGAGUGGGACUUCGUCCGUAUCAGGCGUGCUGUUCAGGAUCAUCAGAAGCUGCUGGAGAUGACGAUGCAAUUUCGGGAUGCCUUGAAACUGUACCUGUUGUUGACUCUUCAAAUGUAUUUCUUCAUCAUAACGUACUCCUGUUUUCUGAUGGUUGAACAACUCAACAAAUCCGACGGUCAGUCGUUAUUUUCGGUGGUCAACAUUCUAGUGGCAGUGAUUAGUUUGAUUUUGUUCGGAUGGUUCUGUGAUUUACUGGAGGACAAGGUAAAUGAUUUCGGAUCUCUAGUGUACAGUACGGAAUGGUACAACAAGCUGAUCUACCGCUCGGAUCAGGCCGCGUUGUACCGGUCCCGGAAGAAAAACUUCCGGAUGGUCCUCAUGAGAUCGCAGAAGAAAAUCCAAUUCACGUGCGGAAACUUCUCCGACAUGUCCUUGACUACCAGCUGGAAAGUGCUGGAACUCUGCUACUCAAGCUUCACGCUACUGUUGGCCGUUUUUAAAAAACAAUAGAGAAAUGCUAGUUUCGAACCCGAGACUCAAAUAAUAAUCAAAUGAUGAAAUGACACUGAUAGAAACCCAGUGAAAAUUGCCUGCAGUCACCACACGCCUAAUGAAAUAUGUUACAAAACCGCUCAUUGUCAUACACUGCUGAAAAUCGACACUUUUUUAAAAUGUGUUUCUCUAAAUACAUUUCAAGUUUUAGACUCACUAGUAUUUCAAGUACGCUUGAUUUGUGCUUCAAAAUUUUCACGCAUAGAAAUAAAGUGUGUCGUCAUAUGGCUCAAUCAAAUAUCAUCACAUUUUAAUUUUAAGUGCCGACAUGUUGAUAUCGAAUGCUAGGAACACAAGACUAAAGUGUGUAUCUUCAUGACAUAGAUCGAUGUCAUAACAUGUCAGUUUGAAGUGUCAAGCAUAUAAUUAAAAAAAUGUACAAAAUGGCUACAAAAAUCUUCGUGGGAGUGGGAGGUUUUCUACCUCAUACCAUACUUAGAAAGUCUGCACAGUAAGUAUGUUCAAUAAAUUAUCGGUGAUUUUUCGAAACACGACUCAUAAAAUGUUUGUGUUUUCAGUUAAUGGAAUCAAAAUCGUUCAAUUUUUUCAAGAUUGUGUAAAUUUAUGAGCAAGAAAAUUAGACAUCAUAUAACAUAUGUGAAUAAACAAUCUUGAAUCAACUGUAUUUAGCACAUUUUCCAAAAUCUUAUAUUUUAAUGAUGACAUUUUAAUUUCAAAUUCCUUUGGAAUUCAUCCGCUGUUUGGUGGGUUGAAUUCCAGUGUAUCACCAAUAGAGUUCAACAUGAUUUCAUUUGAGUAGAAUUUGAAGAGACUGAAGAGUCGAGACAGAUGCGGCGAAAUUGCGUAUGUAAAAACACUUCGGCUCAAAAUGUGUCGAUUUUUAUCAGUGUAUGUUUUUGGCACACG